GCCACAGCUGUGGGCAGCACAGCCUCACAGCUGAUCUCACCCUCCCACACAGUCCUACAAGCAGGCAUGAAGCCACCCACAGGCACAAGGCUUAGCCAAGCUGCCAGUGCCGGGAGCAGAGGGUAACCAGGGCCACACAGUGCCGCACCAGGGCAGAGGCAGCAGCUCUAGACUGCGUGCCACCUCCACCUUCCCUGCUAGAGGUGGCGGGGACAGCUUAGCCCUGGCAGGUGAUGCCGCAGGAGGACGGCGGGAGUUGUCAUGCCGGCACCGGCUAAUCCGCGGAGAUGAGAGGAGACGAGGCGGCCAGCUCCGACAGAGCUCGCACACGGCGGCCGCUGGCCCCGCGGCAGGAGCGUGGGACCUGCUGUGCCGUGUGGCGAAGAAGCAGUUAAUGCCACGCGGGGGGUCCCGAGCAUUGAGGCAGACCCCAGGAGAGACCCGGGGCCGGCAUGCAGCCACAGCACAGCCGACGAUGGAGCCGCUGGCCCUGCUCCAGCCAAGGAGUUAUAUAAAGCCGGGGAGGUUGCGGCGAGGCGGCGGAACGCUGCUGGGGCAGAUGACACCGCCGUCAGCAGCAGCCCGGGGAGCGCAGCCCGGCCCGACGUCUCCGGACCCUGCCACGGGCAGGGUUCGGGGGGUCGGCGGGCUAUGAGGUCUGGCCCCGGGGGGCUUUCCCGGGCUGGGCUGUGCUCCGGCGGCCGGCUCCGGCCGGGGGACCACGUGUGAAGCGGGGCCGAGCGGAGGCGGCCCUGGGAUUUGGCACGUUUGCAAGGAGCACUUGAGAGCCCCGGGAUGGACGUGGAGGGCCCUGGGCGGUGACGUAAGGACUCGCACGGGCUCGGCUCGGCUCGCCAGCCGGCCCCCAUGUCCCCGGGGCCUGCGACGGCCCCGGCGGAGGGAGACAGGGAGACGGCGGAGCCAGCAUGGAUCAGCGAGCGUGGCCAUCAGAGCUAAGACAUGCAGGACCCACUGCUCACCUGCAGCCCAAGGAAGGGACUCUGUGGGGGCUCCUCACCAUCCUCUCUCUGCUGGCUGGUCUGGCUGCAGGCACCCCACGAAUGCCACACUGCAAUGAGACUCUGGACACAGCCCUGACGUCUCAGAGUUCUCCUGUGGAAGAUGGUGCAGAGGUACCACUUGCCACUGCCUGGAGCCAGCUGCAUGGGGACAAUGUGACAACAGGUGGCCAGGGUGCUGUUGAACUGGAUGGGGACCCACUGGUACGUACCGAGCGCUCACCACCAGGUACUGGCAAAGCCAAGAAGGGGACGUGGAAAUCCUCACGAGCAGCCCGCGGGCGCAACUGCCAUAUCCGCAACCUGAUGGUGAAGGUGCGUGACCUGGGCCUGGGCUUCAACUCAGACGAGAUUGUGCUCUUCAAGUACUGCAGUGGAUCCUGCCACCGGACACGCAGCAACUAUGAUUUGACUCUGGGCAGCCUGCUGCGGCAGCAGCUCAUCACCCCAGGUCCACGGGAGAGGGUCCUCAGCCACCCCUGCUGCCGGCCGACCCGCUAUGAGGCUGUCUCCUUCAUGGAUGUGCAGAACACGUGGCAGACAGUGGAGAAGCUUUCGGCAGCUGAGUGCAGCUGCAUUGGCUGAGGAGGGGGCUGCUGGCUUGGACCUGGCUCAAUACAUGCUGGCAGACCCUGGCUUGCCACACAUAGCGGCACUGGCACUUAGAGGAAAGGUCUGGCAGAGGCCAGUGCCCCUAGUUUUACCUGGUCAUGAAGGGCUGAGGUGAGAUGGAGCCAUGGCAGCUGGUGGGUAUCUGAACCUCCUCCCACUCAGCUCCAAGCAGCUGGUGGUGCCAGCUGUGCACCGUCCAGUCCUGGUGCAUCCCAGCUCAGUCCUGGGCAAGGAGCUGGAAGGAGUAUAGAGCAUUCCUGCUGCUCUCAGUGGUAUGUCAGACUGGCAGUUGGCAGCACCUGUCUCAACUGCACCCUCCUGGACUGGUGCUCCUGCACACCUGAUUUAGGGGAGCCAAGGCUAACUGUCAUGCAAGCUUCAGAGGUCAGAAAGGGGGAGAAAUCUCCCUGUCCCCUUGGGGGCUGGCAGCGGCUGGUGCUGUCUUGCAGGGAGGGGGCGUCCUGCAGGGGGAAGGCAGAGGUGCAGCCAAAGCACACCAGCAUGGGGUGGGGGACCCACACCCGGACCAGCCUCUGGCGCUUUGCAGGACAGUGGGGCAGAGGAACCCACUGGGCCCCCUGCUCGGCUCCCUGGGAAGUGGCAGGGUCCCCUCGCUGCCCCUACGGUGCUGUGGCACUGAACUAUUUAUUACUCUAAAUUAUUUAUUUAUUGUUCUAGAGCGGGAGCUCCUAUUUAUGACUUUGGUCCUCCAGGGGCCGGGUAUAAUUUAACCCCGGCGCUACUGUGAAGCCCUGGGCAGCGCCCCGGCCCCGGUGCCCCGUGCCCCCAGCCCCCUUUUUCUAUUAUUUGUAAGAUUUGAGGGAUAAACUCUAUUUUUGUACAGUUGCCUUUUCCUGUAGCAAUAAAGCGAUGGGCUGCGAGUCCAA